AUGCUCAAGAAUUCUUCGACGGCACUUUCUUCAACACAGAAGUCCCGAAGCUUGGAGGACACAAUCCCAUUCCUAGAAGAGAAUGAAAGAGAGAAUUUCCUAUCUUUUGUUGGACAAAUAGUCACCUGGCUCCCGGAGAAGAGGCAGACAGCUCGCGAACUAAUGGACCAUCCGUUUCUCAAACUUGAGGGUCGAUAA